AUGUUGUUGACUGCGUUAAUUUUUAUCAGCUGGUCAUGUCAUAUCACAUCAUCGAUAAUCAUUCCUGUAUUGCGGAAUAAACAUCCAGAAAAUGUUCCGGAAACGGUGGUAAUCAAAGAGCAGCUGGCAAACAAUAAAACCGAUGGAAUGAUGCUGUCAGCAGAAGGAACAUGUAAACAGUACUUGGGUAAUAAUAUAAAAAUAGUUGAAGGCGAUAUCAUGCUUACAAAGCAACAAGAAGAAAUUUGGAAUCAAACACUCGAUUAUGCUAUAACAUUUUCAAAACGAACUGUCACAACUGGACGAAAUAAGCGACAAGCUUAUUAUGCAAAUGAUUAUUUUUGGACAGAUGGCAUUGUACCGUAUAUAUUUGAAUCAGGACUUUGUAUGAAUAUAAUUAUACUAUUUUCCAAGCUUUAA